AUGGAUCCUGAAUAUACCUCUGAUAUUAGAAAUAUUUCAAAUGUGAAAACUUCUUCGAAUAUAGAAUAUACUUCAGAUAUAAAGCUGAACUUUGAUUCUGAACAUGCUACUGGUGCCAAUUUUCAAAAAGAUUAUGAAGAAAUUAUUAAUUUUAAAAAUAGUAAAUAA